UGUCCCCGGGAGUCGCAUGCAACACGCGGCCUGCUGACGGUUUUUAUGGAAUUGAGAGGAGCUCUGCUCAAAAGAUGGCCAUGAGACGGCUGCUGAGAAAUAUCUGUUUACCUUGGAAUCACAGGAAUUCUGACGCAGCAAUCACUGUGAUUCCUUCGGCAUGGAGGCUUCUUCCUAGAAAUGCCGCUCGUUCCCUAGCUACAUCAUCAGCCAAUCAGCGAGCGGAGGAUCGCCAUCGGCAGCUGGAGGCCUAUGGAUACUUCCUGCCCAUCCAGACCCGGUGGCAGGACAAUGACCAGUACGGCCACGUGAACAAUGCUGUGUACUACAGCUACUUCGACACUAUAAUCAACCACUACCUGCUCAGGUACUGUGGCCUGAAAACCAGCUUGCUGACAUCCCCCCUGGUGGGGUUCAUGGUGACCAAUCAGUGCAAGUACCAUACACCCAUCAGCUUCCCUCAGAUCCCGCUGGCUGCCCUGGCUGUGGAGAAAGUGGGUCGCUCCAGUGUGUGCUACCGUCUGGCUCUGUUUCCUCCUAAACCCACCAAGGAGCUGCCUUCAGUAAAUCAUCAUGAUCUCGUUGAUGGUUUGUUCUCAGGCCACCCUAAAUUAGCACAGUUUGACACUCUGGCAUGUACCACUGGGUCUUCCGUCCAUGUCUUUGUGAAUCCAGCCACUAGCAAACCAGAGAGCCUUCCAGAAGACUUCAGGAACAGUCUCCAGAAGCUGAUGAGCCUGGCAUAGUGAGAAUUGUCUCACAUUACCCAUGGAUAUCACCAUGUCAUAGAGUGAAGUUUGGCUUGUUCUCUGUUCAUUUCCCUUUUAACUCCUUAGCAUAUGUUUUUUACCUUUAAAAUGGUUGUCAAUGCCUUAAAUGUUUUUAUAGUGGUUAUUGAACUUCAUAGUGGAAUAUCUCUUUGGAACAGCCCUGUAGCCAAGUUCUUUACACAACUUAACACACAUAGCAGCUUAAACUAUACAAGAGGGAGGCACCAUUCUAACCCCUUUAUGAGAAGUGCACAGUGAGGUUUGCAGACAGAAGCCAUUCACCUUUGUGAAACUGCCAUACUCCAAAGUAACUCUCAAUCUCGGGACUGAUGUCCCCUCUGCCAUGAGCCCCAACCCUGAGCAAACCCAGGGCCGUGAAGAUGGCCAUUUCCACCUAGUGGCCAUGCAUUGCCUGCAGGCCCGUUCUUCUGCUAGCUUCUCCACAUCCAAUGAAACUCUUUAUUUCUUUGCCAAUAUCUUAUCAGCAGGUUAUCUAUUUCCCAUGGUGUGGGUUCAUUAAUCUAAUUUGACUCAUAUCUCUAGCUUCUUUCAGUAAAUAGAGCACUGAUUUUUUUUUUGUCUGUCAGUGUGAACUUAUGGUACUAGAAAAAUUACCUUUCCUCUUCCUAUUUGAAACAACAAAAUGUUAAACCUUUGAUGCUUCUCUGCCACAUCUUUAGCCUGUAUCCAUCACCUGUGUCAUGGGUGGAAGUCAACAAGUAACUGAAUAAAAUUAGUCUCCGAUGCUACCUGAA